AUCGGAUGUAUAUGAUUGCAAGAUUGAGUAUAUACACUGAAUUCCUCUAUCUAUCAGAAGUACAUCUCACUUCAUGACAUCUAACUUAUUCGAAUAAUCAUGGCCACAUUCGAAAGGUCAUUGGGAGAUAUUACCAAUUCGGUCAACCAAUUAUCAAUAUGCACACCAUCCAAAUCACAACCUUCAUCCUCAAAGACUACAUUGCAAUCCAAUCAAAACAAUUCAUCGUCGCCCAUCGCUCGUAGUCCUCUGAAACAGAAUGGAUCUAGUUUCGAUACAGAAGAGAGCUUAUUGACAGCAUCCGAAUCUGAUGCAUUUACGGAAGAAGAUGAUGAUGAGAAUGACAUCACAAGCAGUGAAAGGGGGGAUGACGAGAAUGGAGAUAUAUCAGCAGCAACAUACACAUCCAAACAAAGAAGCAGAGCACCUCCUCCAAUCUUCUUCGGAACACCAUCAAAAGCGGAACAUGAUCGUAGACAUAAAUAUCAAGCUAAAUUACGGACUAGGAGAUUGCUACGGAAAGAUAGUAUAGAGCUAACACGAAGGAAGAGUGGUGGAUGGGAAGGUCAUGAAACGAUAACAGAUCGCACAAUAGAGGAUGAAUCCAGCUUGGCAGGAGAUAUGGAUGCGGGAGAGUAUCCCAUUAAAGACGCUCGUGAGGAAAAGGAGGACGAGGAGAGCAUAUCCGACAGCAUACAGCCUCUUGCAGAGAAGGAGGAACUCAAUGAUGAAGCACCUUCUGAAAUCGUAAGAGAAGAUCAAUUGCAGGACAGCACUUCAGAUGAUGAUGACGAUAGAUCCACAUCAGAGGAUCAAAUUGACCUUAAUAAUGAUGACGAAGCUGAGAACGCAGCUUCUAAGGAAGAGGACGUUGGAGGGCACGAAGCGGAAGUUGCUGAUCGUAAGAACACAAACGCUGAAGAGAGUCUGCUUUCUAAAGACGAUACUGAAACCAUAGCACACGAAGCUGAGGGUCAAGUGCAAAUGGAUUGCGAGAAUGCAGAAGUCGAGCAGCUGGCGCCAGGCGACGGUAACAUAGCCAAUGAGACUCCAGAAGAUGAUCCAGAUGCAACGGAAGAAGCGGACUGGUUUGGCAUUAAGUCUGGAAACAAGACGGCGAUUCUUCCUUCAUCUCCAUCGCAUCCAUCUCUACCGAGCACACCUACACGUCAGAAGGGAUUCACUUCAGCAAUCGAUAGAUGUCGAACAUCUUUGGCACCUUCCGAAGCGGAUAGCUCUCCUGGUAUUGCUCUUGCUCCUUACCCAUUUUCAUCUAGGCCUUCACCUAUGAAUUUCGCGGCUUCUCGCGGGAAAGGUUCACCUUAUAUCGCCUCUCCAGCUAUGUCGUAUAUGUCCAACUUUUCUCCCCAAUUUGACAGAGAGAACGAAGGUCACACUUCGCAACGUGCUUCUGUCUCAAGAUCUGGACCGAUUCUACAAGAGAGCGCUCGCAAAGGCAAUGCUGCCAAUUCGCUUUACUCGCCGACAAAAGUUGAAGUUCGCUCAAAGCUGGCUGCUUGGGCAAAUGCAAAAGUAAAAACACCGCAAAGUCCAGAAAAGAAAGAAUUCGAUGCGAUGAGACUUUCUUCUAUCCAGCCGGAGUCAUUCAGUCCGACCCUCAAGACGACAGCAUACGAUCUAUUGGAUAUCGCUUCACAGGUCCCGCUGCCUCUAUCUCCGAUAAAGACCCAUUUGAGAAGCUCGCCACCGAAACGCUCAACUACACAGAUGCCCGAUCCAACUCCAUCGCUGACGGCUCAACGUGCUUCUCCCGUACGCUCUGAUGCAUCUUUGCGUACAUCAAGACUGCCUGUCCCAGCUGUCUCAAAGUUACCUCGCCCAUUCAAGCUGAGCGUUUCGAAGAGUCAUCCACAGCCACAGAAUAAAGCUGUACCAUUGUUCAAAGCAAAGCAAAGUGCGGUACAGAAGAUUUCUAUCAAUGGAGAGCGAAGACCUGCAGCCAGACCAAAUCCAUCGCAUGCGCCUAACUUUGCGAGCUCUCAAGCUUCUACCGGGUCCAUCAAUACAAAGCCGCUUCGAGAUCUUGAACCAAGCAUGAAUGGCAGAAGAGUGCUAAACACAAAUUCCAACCCUAGCUCUUCCUCGUCUUCUUCACCGACCAAACAAGUUGCCAAAGCCAACGCUCCAAUCGUACGUGAUGCCCGACUGAUAGCAGGACGAAAUGCAAAACCUAUUUCUUCAAAUGUCAAGCCAGAAAUUGUCGAUCUAAAGACGAAAACAAAUCAAGAAGCAGCUAAUACGGCCACGAAAGGGUUUGUUUCUGAUGCACCAAAGGCUGCAAUGAUGACUGCCUCCAAAGCAGGCAGCGUAGGAGGUGCAAGAAGAGUGAUGCGUGGAGUAGUCGCCGUGCCAAAGAUAGAACAGUCAAGCCAGCGAAAGACAUUGGAUGAAAACGCUUCUAGAGCUGCAUCGAACGAUAAUGGCAUUAAAUCGAAUCCUUCUCGUCGCUUGGGUAUGAGAGAAGCUGCUCCAGUAGCCCAACUGACAACCACGAAAGAAAGGAAUGCGGUCAAAGCACGUCCUAUGCGGAGGAUCAAUGACUUCAUUCGUAAAGUUGAUCAUUCGUUGUCUUCACCUUCACGGCAACAAGGAAAUGCUCCUGCGCCAGAAAGUGUAAAACCAGAGAAAUCGAUGAAGGAAGAGGAUACUCUAGCUGGCUUGAAAAGUCAAAGGACAACAAUGGGACAAGGUCUUCGAGAGAGAACACAGCCAGAGCAGCAGAGUACAACCAAGUCUAGCGGAUCGUCAUCAUCAGCAUCCAGCUCGCCUAAGGCUCUUUCCCUACCUUUCAAAGCAGCAGCUCCAGUGACUACAUCUGUGACGAAAGCCACGCAAGCACCUAGACCAAUUCCGAUUUCUAGUAUGGAACUUUCUCGCUUGACGUCUUUACACACACGCUGCAAUGAGACUGGUGUCGCUCAACUUGAGUUGAUCAUCAUUCGCAAACAAGGUGAAUUACGACCCCCAAGCCCAAGCUCAAAAUUCCGCAAGAAUGCUGAAGCAGGAAAUGCUACUGCAGCUUUGACAAAAGCACAAAGAGAGGCGAAAGAAGCUCAAUCAAAACAAGCAAGAAAGGAUCGUGCCGCUCAACGUGCUGAACGUCUCAGUGGUGGUAAUGCUGCUGAUACAUCUUCUACAACGGAGCAGGAAGAUGAGACGCUUCGAUCACACCGGCUUGCUGCUGGUGAUGAAGAAGUCUAUGCAACUCCACCUCGUAGAAUCUCACUAAAGAAAGCAGUACGGUGGCACAAGGCAUUAUUUGCCGGUCCAAGCGAUAACAUAUCUGGGGCAAAUAGAACAACAAAAGAUGAUCUAUCCUUCCUAGCUGAACAUCACCCCAAGCCUGUCAAGAGUUGUCUAGCUGAUGCUGGUCAAGCUGCUCUAGAUCGAUUUGGUAACGUGCCACAAGCUGGCAAGCCUUUAGGCUCACCACUGGUCAAACGAAAAAAGAUCAUUAUUACUAAGAUUGUUUAUGACGAUGACGAUAGCGAGUCAUAAACCUUUGCCAACCCCAAUCGGAUUACUGAAUGUACG